CGUGACUGGUCGUGAGUUUACCCGCUGUAAUCGGUCUGUCAGACUGACGGUGAUGGAGUUGUUCUGUCACGAGCUUGUCGAACCGGACUGGAGCUCUCCGAUCAAGUCCAAACCGGUUCGGGCGUUCAGAGACGCGGUUCUGACCCGAGACUCGCGCGUCCGCCAGAACCUGCUGAGUUUGGAGAGACCGAACAUUAAACCCGGUACCGAACCGACCGACGAGCAGCGCUACGUCCGCCGAAUCUUAACGGGAUGGAUGCUGCAGGUGUGUGAGGAUCAGAAGUGUGAGGAGGAAGUGUUUCCUCUGGCCGUUCACUACCUGGACAGGUACAUGUCCCAGAAUGCCGUGCGCAGGUGCCGUCUGCAGCUGCUGGGGUGCGUCUGCAUGUUCCUGGCCUCCAAACUCAGGGAAUCGGUUCCUCUGAGCGCCGCCAAGCUGUGCGUCUACACGGACCACGCCGUCACCGUCCCAGAGAUCCUGCAGUGUGAGGUGGUGCUGGUGUCUCGUCUGGACUGGGAUCUGGCGUCGGUCGUUCCGUCUGAUUUCCUGGAGCUGCUGCUGCAGUCGCUGCCGUUGAGCCGUGACGACGCUCCGUCCGUCCGCAGACACGCGCUCUCGUACAUCGCUCUGAGCUGCACAGAGCUGAAGUUCUCCGUCUUCCCUCCGUCGGCGGUGGCCUGUUCCUGCGUGACGGCGGCCGGGAUCCGACUGGACGUCCUGAAGGACACGUUCAGCCCCGACGGCCUGCUGCAGCUGCUGAGGGACGUCCUGGACGUGGACAUGGCGUCUCUGCGCUCGUGUUUCUCAGCGCUGGAGGACACCAUCGAUCAGAUUCUGCCGUCUGCAUCCGAGCACCAGGCGCAGGACGUCCCGCUCUGACAGGUGGACGCAUCAAACCCACUCAGACCCAUCAAAUACGCUCUUUGUCAAUGAUUUCUAGUGUUUGUUUUCUCUGAAUGUUGACCGUUCCGGUGCAUUAGUGUUUGUUGACGAUGUUCUCGUUAGUGUAAAUGUCGCAGAUGUUCUGCACCCAAGCAAAUAUUUGCAUUGUCACGAAACCUUCGCCCUGUCAAACACACGUCUGCAUGAUUUCACACGUCAUUCAGACUUGAAUAUGUUAUUGGUCGACUCUUUAUCAGAUUUAAAGGAUAAUAUGUGAAAGUGAACAACGUGGAUGUGGAUGGUGAAUGGUUUAAGCGUGCUGGUUUAACAGAAAUGCCACAUUUCACACUGAAAUCAAAAGACAAAAUGGUUUUGGAUUAAGAAAAUGAAGCUUGUUUUAUAUCAUCCGAUUAUUUUUAUGACAGUUAAGCACAUUUCAUUCAGUUUCACACAGUUUUAAUUCAAAUUUAAACAUUAAAAUUAAAUUAAAAACUGCAAGUUUAGAAUUUAAAUAAUAUUUUUUUGCAUAUUAAUUUU